AUGCCACCUGCUGACGGAGGGUUGGAACUCGAUCGCCGGGGCACGGGGCCGACACCUGGGCCAGCCACCACGUGUUCUUCGCUGCUACCGGCCGAUGCCUGCACCUUCCACGCCCGUCGCUCGCGGCCUCAACGCCGCCCAAAAAUCUCGUUGAAACAACAAACUGAACGCGAGGAGCGCUGUGGAAACUGCAGACAACAGCCGUCAAAUCUAUUACCCACUGUUUCUAGUAAUGUUGAUGCUAGUACCUCUGUUUCCAGCGAUGUUGAUGCUUGUACCUCUGUUUCCAGCGAUGUUGAUGCUAGUAUCCCUGUUUCCAGUGAUGUUGAUGUUUGUACCUCUGUUUCCAGUGAUGUUGAUGCUAGUAUCUCUGUUUACAGUGAUGUUGAUGCUAGUACCUCUGUUUCCAGUGAUGUUGAUGCUUUGAUGUUGAUGCUUGUAUCUGUUUCCAGUGAUGUUGAUGCUAGUACCUCUGUUUCCAGUAAUGCUGAUGCUAGUACCUCUGUUUCCAGUGAUGUUGAUGCUUGUACCUCUGUUUCCAGUGAUGUUGAUGCUAGUACCUCUGUUUCCAGUGAUGUUGAUGCUAGUACCUCUGUUUCCAGUGAUGCUGAUGCUAGUACCUCUGUUUCCAGCGAUGUUGAUGCUUGUAUCUCUGUUUCCAGUGAUGUUGAUGCUAGUACCUCUGUUUCCAGUGAUACUGAUGCUAGUACCUCUGUUUCCAAGUCAGCUUCUCAAAGAAAUCCUCCCCCAGAGGAAAUGUCUCCAGACAAUCCUCCCCCAGAGGAAAUGCCUCCAGACAAUCCUCCCCCAGAGGAAAUGUCUCCAGACAAUCCUCCCCCAGAGGAAAUGUCUCCAGACAAUCCUCCCCCAGAGGAAAUGUCUCCAGACAAUCCUCCCCCAGAGGAAAUGUCUCCAGACAAUCCUCCCCCAGAGGAAAUGUCUCCAGCCAAUCCUCCCCAAGAGGAAACUACCAUCACACAAUCUAGACUCCGUUUUAAUGCAAAUUAA